CGGCCCACGGCCCCGCCUCCCCCAGGGCCGGGUUGGCAGAGGCCCCGGGUUUCAGGCCUUUGGCUCCCGCAUGCCUCCUCUCUCUGGCCGUCUCGCUCUGGGUCUGUGUCCGCGCCGCCUCCUUUCCUUCCUUCCUCGCUCAGAUCUCCCUGUGUCCGCCUUUCCCUCCGCUAGGCCUUCUGCCCUGCCUCGCCCCACGCUUCGGCGACCCCUGUCCAACGUCUCUGCCACCACCUAAGCCUCCGACUCUGCUCUUCGGCCAGGGUCUUUUGGAGCUUCAGUCGGGCCCUGACACUUCCUUACACCUCGACGCGGCCCAGGCGGGGGCUCUCCGGCCUGCGGCCUUGCUCCUGCGGGCCCUCGGCCUCGCCCCCUCACUCGCAGCUGUUCCUCGAGCUCUGGCUAGGAUGGGCCCCUGGGGUGCGCCAGACGUGAUGGGCUGCGGACGGGUCUGACGCCUUGGCCUGCGCGGUCAGCGUGGGUCUGAGAUUUGGGGCGGACCGGGACACUCAGUGGUGCCGCCGUGACAGUCUGCGGGGUCCGGGGCACACUGGCCCUGGGUCCCCACACCCGCCCCCCUGGCACACCCGCCCCCUCGCGCACCCGCCCCUCUCGCGCACUCCCGCCCCCCCCCGCGCACUCCCGCCCCUUCGCGCACCCGUCCACUCUCGCCCCCUGCCGCUCCCCGCCUCCCCGCGCGCCUGCCCCCUCUUACACGCGUCCACUCCCGCCCCCGCUCCCUCCCCCCCUCGCGCACCUGCCCCCUAGCACACCAGUCCACUCCCGCUCCUGCCCCCUCCCUCCGGCCAGGCCGCGCUUCGGGGCGGGGCUUUGAGCGGCGGGGGCCGGACCGUGCCGGGUCCGAGUCUGAGGAAGCCGGAAACCUGUGUCCGGGAGCCACCCGGUCGACCCCGACUGCGGCCUGCGGCCUCCUUCCGUGCCUGGAUUCUGCGCGUUCGUGCCCAGGCUCCGUGCGCGCCGUCCCAGCUGUGGCCCAGGGGUUGAGCUGCUCCCCGGGGCUGCAAGGAGGGAGCAGGCACUCACCGGUUCCCCGCCACCCCCCUACCCCCCCAGGGCGGCUGGGCCAUGAGGACCGCACUCGUGUACCAUGAGGAAAUGACAGCCGCCCGGCUGCUCUGGGAAGACCCUGAGUGUGAGAUCGAGCGUCCCGAACGCCUGACCGCAGCCCUUGAGCGCCUGCAGCAGGGGGGCCUGGAGCAGAGGUGUCUACAGUUGGCAGCUCGAGAGGCCUCAGAGGCAGAGCUGGGCCUGGUACACAGGUCAGAUCCCGGGGAGCCACCUUCCAGAGGAGGCCGCCUGGCACGUGGGGCCGCCCAGCCUGCCCGCAUCUUGAAAACAGAGCACCUCCCCUACCUGCCUCGGUUUCACCACUGGGUGGGAGGGGGAGGGAACCGUGAGGUGGGCGGUCCCACCAGCGCACGGCCCCUCCUUCUCCCCUUCCUGCUCCUGCUGGUGACCCUGCCUUGCUUGCCUGCCCCUCUGCAGCCCAGAGUAUGUGUCCCUGUUGCGAGGAACCCAGGCCUUGGGCACGGAGGAACUACGGGCGCUGUCUGGGCAGUACGAUGCUGUCUACUUCCACCCGAAUACCUUCCACUGUGCCCGGCUGGCCGUGGGGGCCGCGCUGCAGCUGGUGGAUGCUGUGCUGACAGGAGCCGCGCACAAUGGGCUUGCCCUGUUUUCACCCGCAGACCUCCGGGGCACCACAGCCAGAGGGCUGCCGCCAACGGGUUCUGCGUGUUCAACAAUGUGGCCAUAGCGGCCAAACACGCCCAGCAGAAACACGGUCUGCAAAGGAUCCUCAUUGUCGACUGGGAUGUCCACCAUGGUCAGGGCAUCCAGUACAUCUUUGAGGAUGAUCCCAGUGUUCUUUACUUCUCCUGGCACCGCUAUGAGCAUGGUUGCUUUUGGCCUUAUCUUCAAGAGUCAGAUGCAGAUGCUGUUGGGCUGGGGCAGGGCCGUGGCUUCACUGUCAACCUGCCCUGGAACCAGGUUGGGAUGGGAAAUGCUGACUAUAUGGCUGCCUUCCUGCAUGUGCUGCUCCCUGUGGCCUUUGAGGGGCAGAUGCAGGCCACGCCUGAGUGCUUCGCCCACCUCACGCAGCUGCUGCAGGUGCUGGCCGGCGGCCGGGUCUGUGCUGUGCUGGAGGGAGGCUACCACCUGGAGUCGCUGUCCCAGUCGGUGUGCAUGGUGGUGAAGGCGCUGCUGGGUGACCCUGCCCCGCCCCUGUCGGGGUCCAUGGUGCCUCGGCACAGUGCUCUGGAGUCCAUCCAGAGUGUCCGGGCAGCCCAGGCCCCUCACUGGACUAGCCUUCAGCAGCAAGGGCCGGCCCGCCUACUGAACCCCAGCACCUGCUCCCCAGAGGGGAGACGCCCAUCUGUGUCGCCUGGGGGGCCCGGAUUCAAGGCAGCGGAGGCCCAGGGCUCGGCUGUACCGAGGUCCCUCCUGGACCAGCUGCACCUCUACCCCACACCCCCUGCCCGCACGGCUGCCGCCCUGACGGCACAGGAUGCUGCUCUGGUCCUACCGCCUGAUGUCCUCCGUCCAGAGGGGUCAGCCCCACAGGAGGAGACACGGGCCUGGGCCAGGCUACACGAGGCCCUGGCCCAGGACACGGCUUUCAUUGCACUUGGAAAGGUCUUGCAUCUAUUGAACGGGAUCCUGGAUGGACAGGUGAGCAGUGGCAUCGCAACAACCCCAGCUGCGGCGGCCACCCUGGAGGUGGCUAUUCGGCACGGCUUGUCCCACAGAGCCCAGAGGGUGCUCUGUGUGGCUGUGGGACAGCUGGAUCGGCCCCCAGACCUUGCCAGUGAUGGGAGAAAUCUGUGGCUGAACAUCAGAGGCAAAGAAGCGGCUGCCCUGUCCAUGUUCCAUGUGUCUGUGCCGCUGCCAGGGACAACAGGUGGGUUCUUGAGCUGCAUCCUGGCCCUUGUGCUGCCCCUGGCCUAUGGUUUCCAGCCUGACCUGGUGCUGGUGGCGCUGGGACCAGCCCAUGGCCUCCAGGACCCCCAAGCUGCACUCCUGGCUGCACUCCUACGGGGACCAGCGGGGGGCCGAGUCUUGGUCCUAGUGGAGCAGAGAAAGACACAGCGAGAGAGGGAACACAAACGGGGAGUGGGAGAGGGAGAAGCAGGCUCCCGCCGAGCAGGGAGCCCGAUGCGGGGCUGGAUCCCAGGACUCCGGGAUCAUGACCUGGGCCGAAGGCAGACGCCCAACCGACUGAGCCACCCAGGCGCCCAGCACUGUGAUUUCUGGGGGCCCGUUUCUCGGAGGUUUUUCUCUAGAGCAGACAAAUUCCUCAGCAGCGCAGCUCUGACCGAGCAGUCCAGUUCUGAAAAGGCGACCUCUCAGCCAGGACAAGGCCUGGAGCACCCGCGCCCAGAGCGCGGGGCUUGAAAUCCGCCGAAGACUCGGCCUCCAGCCCGGUCCGAGGCGGCAGCGCGUUCCGCGGGCGCCCGCGCGGUCUGCGCACCAGCUCGCGGCUCGUGGGGGCCCGCUCCGGGUUGCACGGCAGGCCAGCGAGUACCGUGCCGCCAAACAUCGCUUCACGAGCACACACGGGUUUGCUCGGGAAAGCAGACCUGCAGCCCGCGCCCAGCUGCGGCAAAACCGGAGAGGGAAGCUGGCAGGGUCGGUCGGUGCGCGAGCAGCAGGAGUCCGGGGUACUGCGGUUGCUCCCCGCCGGAGCCGCGGCGCACGGGGCUCGCGGUCCCUGCGUCCCCGCGGGGCGCGCUCGGGCUGCGUCGGUGACGGACGCGGCGAUGACCGGGGUCCAGCGGGGGGCCCCGCUCCAGCCCCACUCGUGGCGUGCGCGGCCCACCCCAGCGAGUGUGACCAACCCGCCGCGGGGCUCGGACUCCCCACGCGGCUGCGGCGCUCCAAGCCGGAAGUACCCUCC